AUGGGACACCUCGGCUUUACCCAAGGGCUCUUGUCCAAGAUUGUGGACUGCAACACCGCUGUGGAUCAAUGGGUGGAGCGAGAAAAGAGAGCGGCGGAUGAGAUGGAGGCCAAUUUCCGUCGAUCUCUGGCGGCAGAACAGGCUGCCAUUGACGCGAAGGAAGAAGAGCUCUUGUCGGUGAAAUUUCGACUUGGCGUCGACAUCAACAAGGAUGAUGCUCGUGGAAUUGCUCAGCAGCAGCAGCAGUUGCAACAAGAGAAAAUCAGAAUUCAAGAAUCCAUUGCCAACUUGAGGAGCGACAGGGACAAGAAGGAGGAUAGAGUGAAGAGCCUUCAAACUGAAGCAAAAAGAGAGGAGGCCCGAGCUUCCGAUGUCCGAUCCCGAAAGCAAGCAGCAGAGGAUUCGAAAAACACCACCGUCGAUGACCUCACGCGAGGAAUCAUCAACUACAAGUUCCUUGGUUUGGACUUUGAGAAAGCUGACAACCAAAAGUUGCGCUUCUCCUUUACUCAGAUUGACCCAGAAAACCCAUCCCGAAAGUGUUGGUUUGUGCUGGGUGCAAACGACUACGAUGAGUACGACGUUGAUGAAUGCAAGCCCUCUAUUGACAAGUCUGUAUUGAAUGGACUCCUUCAUGAUCUGAAUUCAGAUGACGACCUGCAGCAGUUUGUUAUUUCGAUGAGAAAAGCAUUUGCGGACGGCCUAUAG